AUGACCGACCUCUUAAGAAGUGUUGUUACCGUCAUUGAUGUUUUCUACAAAUACACCAACCAAGAUGGGGAAUGUGGCACACUGAGCAAAGAUGAGCUAAAGGAACUUCUGCAAAAAGAGUUUCGGCCAAUUCUGAAGAACCCAGAUAAUCCAGACACGGUGGAGGUCAUUAUGCAUAUGCUGGAUCGAGAUCAUGACCGAAGACUGGACUUUACUGAGUUUCUUCUGAUGGUAUUCAAGCUGGCUAUGGCCUGCAACAACGUUCUCAGCAAAGAAUACUGCAAAGCUUCAGGGUCAAAGAAGCAGAAGCGUAGUCAUGGUCACCGGCACCAAAAGGAAGGAAGUGAAACAGAAGAAGAAGAUGAGAAUACAUCAGGACAGAAAUCAGGUUCUAAAAAUCCAAGUUGGAGUGAGGGAGAGGAGCAUGGGGGCUUGAGGGGAACUGCAAAACAUAGACAUAGGUCCCACUCCAGAAGGCUGGGAAAGCAAGGUAGUUUAUCUAGCUCAGAGAAACAAGAGGGUUUUGAGAAAAGGCGCCAUGGGUCUAGCUCUGGUCACUCAGUGAGCCCCUCUAGGGAAUCCGGGGAGGAAUAUGAAUAUGAAUCUGAAUCUGGAUUUAAGAGUGGGGGAAGAAAAGGUCAUGGUGAUCUGUCACGUGGAUUAGAGGCUAUUGCAUCUAGCUCUAAAGGUUCAGGAGAUAGUGGGAGACAAAGCUAUGCAUGUGAUUCAAUCAACUCAAGUGGGUGUGGAGGAAGACAAUGUGUUUCCAGCUCCUGUCAGGCAGGCAGAUAUGGAGGGCAAGGAAAUAAAUCUAGCUGUAUUCAGUCAGGUUGUCAAUCACAAAAUAGUGGAGGACAAGGUCGUAGAUGUAUCUCAAGAAGUCAGUCCUCUGGAUAUGGUCAAUGUAAGCCUCGCUCCUGUAGCCAAUCUUCUGGUCAUAGAAGAAGACAUGGAUCCCCGGCAUGUUGUCAACCACAGAACUGUUGUCAACCACAGAACUGUGGAAGACAACGGGGAAGAAGAUCAAGGCAGUCCUCUUGUGGUAGACAAUAUGGGUCUGGAUCAAGUCAGUCUUCUAAUUGUGGUCAACAGGGAAGAAGAUCAAGGCAGUCCUCUUGUGGUAGACAAUAUGGGUCUGGAUCAAGUCAGUCUUCUAAUUGUGGUCAACGGGGAAGAAGAUCAAGGCAGUCCUCUUGUGGUAGACAAUAUGGGUCUGGAUCAAGUCAGUCUUCUAAUUGUGGUCAACAGGGAAGAAGAUCAAGGCAGUCCUCUUGUGGUAGUCAAUAUGGGUCUGGAGUAAGUCAGUCUUCUAAUUGUGGUCAACAAGGGUCUGGUAAACAGUCUAGUAACUCUCGUCAAAAAGGGUGUACAUCAAAUGAAUAUUCAAAAUGUCAACACGGAUCUGGCUCAGGUCAGUCCUCAGGCUCUGGACAACACGGGUCUGGCUCAGGUCAGUCCUCAGGCUUUGGACAACACGGGUCUGGCUCAGGUCAGUCGUCUGGCUUCGAGCAACAUGGGUCUGGCUCAGGUCAGUCCUCAGGCUUUGGACAACAUGGGUCUAGCUCAGGUCAGUCAUCUGGUUAUGGCCAACAUGGAUCUGGCUCAGGUCAGUCAUCUGGUUAUGGCCAACAUGGAUCUGGCUCAGGUCAGUCAUCUGGUUAUGGCCAACAUGGAUCUGGCUCAGGUCAGUCAUCUGGUUAUGGCCAACAUGGAUCUGGCUCAGGCCAGUCCUCAGGCUUUGGACAACAUGGAUCUGGCUCAGGUCAGUCAUCUGGCCAUGGUCAACAUGUAUCAGGCUCAGGUCAGUCCUCAGGCUUUGAACAAUACGGGUCUAGCUCAGGUCAGUCCUCAGGCUUUGGGAAACAUGGGUCUGGCUCAGGUCAGUCCUCUGGCCAAGGCAAACAUGGAUCUGGCUCAGGUCAGUCCUCAGGCUCUGGACAACAUGGGUCUAGCUCAGGUCAGUCCUCAGGCUUCGGACAACAUGGGUCUAGCUCAGGUCAGUCCUCUGGCCAUGGCCAACAAGGAUCUGGCUCAGGUCAGUCCUCAGGCUCUGGACAACAUGGGUCUAGCUCAGGUCAGUCCUCAGGCUUUGGAAAACAUGGGUCUAGCUCAGGUCAGUCAUCUGGUUUUGGAAAACAUGGGUCUAGCUCAGGUCAGUCAUCUGGUUUUGGACAACAUGGGUCUAGCUCAGGUCAGUCCUCAGCCUCUGGACAACAUGGGUCUAGCUCAGGUCAGUCCUCAGGCUCUGGACAACAUGGGUCUAGCUCAGGUCAGUCCUCAGGCUUUGGAAAACAUGGGUCUAGCUCAGGUCAGUCAUCUGGUUUUGGAAAACAUGGGUCUAGCUCAGGUCAGUCCUCAGGCUCUGGACAACAUGGGUCUAGCUCAGGUCAGUCCUCAGGCUUUGGAAAACAUGGGUCUAGCUCAGGUCAGUCCUCAGGCUUCGGACAACAUGGAUCUAGUUCAGGUCAGUCAUCUGGUUUUGGAAAACAUGGGUCUAGCUCGGGUCAGUCAUCUGGCUCUGGACAACAUGGGUCUAGCACAGGUCAGUCCUCAGGCUUUGGAAAACAUGGGUCUGGCUCAGGUCAGUCCUCAGGCUUUGGGCAACAUAGGUCUAGCUCAGGUCAGUCCUCAGGCUCCGGACAACAUGGGUCUAGCUCAGGUCAGUCAUCUGGUUUUGGAAAACAUGGUUCUAGCUCGGGUCAGUCAUCUGGCUCUGGACAACAUAGGUCUAGCACAGGUCAGUCCUCAGGCUUUGGAAAACAUGGGUCUGGCUCAGGUCAGUCCUCAGGCUUUGGAAAACAUGGGUCUGGCUCAGGUCAGUCCUCAGGCUUUGAACAAUAUGGGUCUAGCUCAGGUCAGUCCUCAGGCUUUGGAAAACAUGGGUCUGGCUCAGGUCAGUCAUCUGGCCAAGGCAAACAUGGAUCUGGCUCAGGUCAGUCCUCCGGCUUUGGAAAACAGGGAUCUGGUUCAGGUCAGUCUUCUGGCUUUGACCAGCAUGGGUCUAGAACAAGCCAAUCCAGCUCAGCACAUCAUAGUGGAAGAAGGGGAUCGAGUCACAGUGAGUCAAGUGGCAGUGAAUCGCAUUCUAGAGGCUCACAGGGACACUCAGGGUCCAGUCAUGGCCAGGCUGGAUCUCAGCAUGGAGAGUGGGGAUCCUCUGGUAGAGGGAGACAGGGAACUACUCAUGGACAGUCAGGAGACACUCACAUACAUGGGCAGGCAGGUCAUGGGCAUUCCUCACAGUCAGGAUCUCACAGAAGUGGAAGAAGCGGAUCUAGUCACAGUGAGUACAGUGGCAGUGAAUCGCAUUCCACAGGCUCACAGGGACACUCAGGAUCCAGUCAUGGCCAGGCUGGAUCUCAGCAUGGAGAGCGGGGAUCCUCUGGUAGAGGGAGACAGGGAACUACUCAUGGACAGUCAGGAGACACCCACAUACAUGGGCAGGCAGGUCAUGGGCAUUCCUCACAGUCAGGAUCUGGCAGAGGUGGAAGAAGCGGAUCUAGUCACAGUGAGUACAGUGGCAGUGAAUCGCAUUCCAGAGGUUCACAGGGACACUCAGGGUCCAGUCAUGGCCAGGCUGGAUCUCAGCAUGGAGAGUGGGGAUCCUCUGGUAAAGGGAGACAGGGAACUACUCAUGGACAGUCAGGAGACACCCGCAUACAUGGGCAGGCAGGUCAUGGGCAUUCCUCACAGUCAGGAUCUGGCAGAGGUGGAAGAAGCGGAUCUAGUCACAGUGAGUACAGUGGCAGUGAAUCGCAUUCCAGAGGUUCACAGGGACACUCAGGGUCCAGUCAUGGCCAGGCUGGAUCUCAGCAUGGAGAGCAUGGAUCCUCUGGUAAAGGGAGACAGGGAACUACUCAUGGACAGUCAGGAGACACCCACAUACAUGGGCAGGCAGGUCAUGGGCAUUCCUCACAGUCAGGAUCUGGCAGAGGUGGAAGAAGCGGAUCUAGUCACAGUGAGUACAGUGGCAGUGAAUCGCAUUCCAGAGGUUCACAGGGACACUCACGGUCCAGUCAUGGCCAGGCUGGAUCUCAGCAUGGAGAGCAUGGAUCCUCUGGUAAAGGGAGACAGGGAACUACUCAUGGACAGUCAGGAGACACCCACAUACAUGGGCAGGCAGGUCAUGGGCAUUCCUCACAGUCAGGAUCUGGCAGAGGUGGAAGAAGCGGAUCUAGUCACAGUGAGUACAGUGGCAGUGAAUCGCAUUCCAGAGGUUCACAGGGACACUCAGGAUACAGUCAUGGCCAGGCUGGAUCUCAGCAUGGAGAGCAUGGAUCCUCUGGUAAAGGGAGACAGGGAACUGCUCAUGGACAAUCAGGAGACACCCACAUACAUGGGCAGGCAGGUCAUGGGCAUUCCUCACAGUCAGGAUCUGGCAGAGGUGGAAGAAGCGGAUCUAGUCACAGUGAGUACAGUGGCAGUGAAUCGCAUUCCAGAGGUUCACAGGGACACUCAGGGUCCAGUCAUGGCCAGGCUGGAUCUCAGCAUGGAGAGCAUGGAUCCUCUGGUAGAGGGAGACAGGGAACUAUUCAUGGACAGUCAGGAGAUACCCACAUACAUGGGCAGGCAGGUCAUGGGCAUUCCCCACAGUCAGGAUCUGGCAGAGGUGGAAGAAGCGGAUCUAGUCACAGUGAGUACAGUGGCAGUGAAUCGCAUUCCAGAGGUUCACAGGGACACUCACGGUCCAGUCAUGGCCAGGCUGGAUCUCAGCAUGGAGAGCAUGGAUCCUCUGGUAAAGGGAGACAGGGAACUACUCAUGGACAGUCAGGAGACACCCACAUACAUGGGCAGGCAGGUCAUGGGCAUUCCUCACAGUCAGGAUCUGGCAGAGGUGGAAGAAGCGGAUCUAGUCACAGUGAGUACAGUGGCAGUGAAUCGCAUUCCAGAGGUUCACAGGGACACUCAGGGUCCAGUCAUGGCCAGGCUGGAUCUCAGCAUGGAGAGUGGGGAUCCUCUGGUAAAGGGAGACAGGGAACUGCUCAUGGACAGUCAGGAGACACCCACAUACAUGGGCAGGCAGGUCAUGGGCAUUCCUCACAGUCAGGAUCUCACAGAAGUGGAAGAAGCGGAUCUAGUCACAGUGAGUACAGUGGCAGUGAAUCGCAUUCCAGAGGUUCACAGGGACACUCACGGUCCAGUCAUGGCCAGGCUGGAUCUCAGCAUGGAGAGCAUGGAUCCUCUGGUAAAGGGAGACAGGGAACUACUCAUGGACAGUCAGGAGACACCCACAUACAUGGGCAGGCAGGUCAUGGGCAUUCCUCACAGUCAGGAUCUGGCAGAGGUGGAAGAAGCGGAUCUAGUCACAGUGAGUACAGUGGCAGUGAAUCGCAUUCCAGAGGUUCACAGGGACACUCAGGAUACAGUCAUGGCCAGGCUGGAUCUCAGCAUGGAGAGCAUGGAUCCUCUGGUAAAGGGAGACAGAGAACUACUCAUGGACAGUCAGGAGACACCCACAUACAUGGGCAGGCAGGUCAUGGGCAUUCCUCACAGUCAGGAUCUCACAGAAGUGGGAGAAGCGGAUCUAGUCACAGUGAGUACAGUAGCAGUGAAUCGCAUUCCGCAGGCUCACAGGGACACUCAGGGUCCAGUCAUGGCCAGGCUGGAUCUCAGCAUGGAGAGUGGGGAUCCUCUGGCAAAGGGAGACAGGGAACUGCUCAUGGACAAUCAGGACAGGCAGGUGGAAGACAAAAUCAUGGAUCAAGUCAAAGAUGGAAACACGGUAGCUAUGGAAGUGCAGGAUAUGACUAUGGGCAAUCUCCAAAUCCACCCUUUAAUUUCGACCCCAUCAGACAAGCUAAGGUCUCUCUUACCCAAGACAUAUCCUCUUUAAAAGAAAUCCUCCAACAAAAACGUGAACACCUCCAGCUUAUUAAAGAAGUCCAAGCCCUCGAGGCAGAACUUACCACCCUCUCUACUAACCCAAACCCUUCAAAAACCACCCUCCACACUUUUCCCGUCACCCGCAGUCAGGGUUCCCGCCCUACAGCUGUUGAGGAAGAAGAUAACUUACCAGAAGAAGGCUCUGACUCUCAAAAUCAAACUCCAGACUCAGGCAAUGAAGCUUCAGACACUGAAGACCCCAACCCUAGCCAGAGUAACACAUCUGAACAAAAAUACCGCCGCCUUAACCUUAAACAUCUUAAAGAUCUUAAAGCCGCAGUCAAUAACUAUGGCCCUACAGCCCCCUUUACCAUCGCCCUUCUCGAAAGCUUAAGUGACAAAUGGCUCACACCUAAUGACUGGCUAUCCUUAGCUCGAGCCACGCUUUCAGGAGGUGAUUAUGUCCUUUGGCGUACAGACUUUGUUGAGAACUGCCGAGAAACAGCCCAACGUAAUAAUGAAAGUAAAAACUCCCGCUGGUGGACCAGAGAUAAACUUCUUGGCCGACCCCUCUAUGAAACCAAUGAAGUCCAGGCCAAAUUUCCCCCUGGUUUACUAGCCCAAAUCCAAGUCGCCGGUCUUAAGGCUUGGCGCCGUCUCCCCACUAAGGAUUCUGCCACUACCUCGCUAGCCAAAAUUCACCAAGGAGCUGACGAGCCUUACAGUGAUUUUAUCAGCCGCCUCACGGACUCGGCUGAAAGAUUAGUGGGGGUAGGUGAAACGGAAAGUGCCUUUGUGAAGCAUCUCGCUUAUGAGAAUGCUAACCCUAUCUGUCAAGAGGCAAUAAGACCUCAUCGAUGUGGCAAUCUCUCUGAUUAUAUUAAACUUUUCUCCGAUUAUGAACUCUUUGAGGACAGGACACAUAUCUUCAUCAUUGAUAGUCCUCUGACAAGCAUGGUGACUGGUGAGACGUUAGCUGAAAACAAAUGCUUGUUGAAUGAAUAA